AUGGCUCUAUGGCUUGGAUGGGCUGGGAACAUCAUCCUGGUGGCAGCUGUGAUCGUGUUUGGUGUUUGGGGUCAGACUGGAAGAGAGAGAACAACAAAUGGAAUUGAAUGUAAUUCCAGCCUGAAGGUUUCCCAGUCUUGGUUGAAUCAAAGUUUGUAUCCAAAGCCAGACAACAACUCAACAGGGUGCAAACUGUGCCCCGCUGACUGGCUGCUGCACAGGAACAAGUGCUAUUGGGUCUCUAAAGAAAGUAAAACGUGGAAUGAGAGUCGUGAGGACUGCUCAGUAAAGAAUGCUCAGAUGCUGGUGAUCCAGGACAAGGAGGAGAUGGCGUAUGUACUGAGUAUUUCACAACUGAACCUGGUCUGGCUUGGACUCAGUGUUACAUCCCCAGAGAGGAAAUGGACCUGGGUGGACGGCUCCACAUUUGAUGAAACACUGUGA